AUGGCAACGCAUGGCAAUUCUGGUGACACUGGCUUGACUGUGUACCAAUUUGGGUCAUCUUUGGUAAAUUCCAUUUCAUACGGUGAUAUAGUUGGGUAUUGGUAUGAUCACUUCAAGUGCAAUCCACUUUCUGACUCAAAAGGGAAUGAUAUUAGCAUCUCCAGAAUGAAGCUUUUCAGCAACAUCGAUGAUUUCUCAUCCUUGAUCUCAAAUGAAAUGGCAAAGAAAAAUGUACAUUAUGGACCUCCCAAAACCAUCAAUACCCACCAGAAACGCAGCCAUGUGAAACCUUAUUUCUCUGAUAAUGAGAAGCCAGAGAAAAUUAUUAACAGUGUUAUUCACAGCCCAAAAAGAGAAAGUGGCUUGGAAAGGAAACAGGGUCAUGGUAUUGGUAUUGCCAGAUUUCUUCAAGGAAAGAACUAUUUUAUUACUGGCGCUACUGGUUUCGUGGGAAAAGUUUUGGUCGAGAAGAUGUUGAGGACGGCACCUGAUAUGGGGCAAAUUUUUGUGUUGAUCAAAGCAAAAGACAAGGAAGUAGCAUUAAACAGAUUGAAAACUGAGAUCAUAGAAUCUGAACUGUUGAAGAGCCUUGAAGAAGUGUACGGAGUAAACUACAAGGCCUACCUGAUGAAGAAGCUGGUGGCAGUGCCUGGGUGUGUUUGUGAAUCUGAUCUUGGGAUGGACCCUCUCACAGCAAAUGAAAUUGCAACCAAAGUGAAUGUCAUUGUAAAUUCAGCAGCCAGUACCAACUUUGAUGAAAGGUACGAUGUGGCUCUGAACACAAACACCAAAGGACCGUUUGGUGUUCUGAACUUUGCGAAGAAGUGCAAGGACCUUUGUCUUCUCUUGCAUAUAUCAACAGCUUAUGUUGGUGAUGGAGAAAGACAAGGGAUAAUAAUGGAGAAGCCACUUUACAUCGGACAAGGAAGAGCUAGGGCAAUCACAGAACAGGACAUAGAUUUUGAACUAAAGUCGGCAUCAGAAAUGCUGGAUUCACUCCAACAGGAUCAAGCAACUCAGAAGAUGAAAGAAUUGGGUGUGAAGAGGGCGAAUAUGUACGGAUGGCCAAACACAUACUCAUUCACAAAGGCGAUGGGAGAGAUGUUAAUAAGCAGCUUCAGAGAUGGCACACCAAUGGUCAUUCUUCGUCCCUCUGUCGUUGAAAGCUCUUACUCUGAGCCUUUCCCUGGUUGGAUUCAAGGAUACAGAGUUCUUGAUCCGCUUAUAUUUAAUUAUGGGAAGGGUCAUCUCCCAGGAUUUCUUGCAGACCCCAAUGCAGUUAUAGAUGUGAUUCCAGUAGACAUGGUUGUGAAUGCCACAAUGGCAGCAAUUGCGAAACAUGGGGCUGCCGCAACACCAGAUUUAAGCGUCUACCACGUUGGAUCUUCUGUGGCAAACCCUAUUUCACUUGGAGCUGUGUUUGAUUAUGCUCGUAGCCAUUUCAAGUCUUUUCCAUUGGCACAGUCUUCUAAUGGGAACCAAAGUCUCAUUCAGAAGAUGAACUUCUUAGACUCUUUGGAUGACUUUUCGUCUUACAUUACAAUGGAGAUGGCAAGGCAAACUGGAUUGUUUCAUGAAACAAAGCUUGAACCUAAUCUCCAUAAAACCCUCCAAAAGAAGUCCACAAGGAAAGCACGGGCUUUCAUUCACUUGGCCAAGCUCUACGAGCCAUACAUGUUUUAUAAAGCGUGGUAA